CUCCGUUAGCUGACGCAUCUAGCAACAGUUAGCGUCACAGAGGAACUGGGUGUGAGUGAGUGAGUGAGUGCCGCUCAGCUUUUGACUCAUUAAUGACAUUUUUACAAUGAAGAAACUGAAAAGGCCCGCAUCCUGACGUCCACCCGGUGGUCAAUGCCUCUGUGUCGGUGACUGACAUGGACGCAGGUGACAAUAAGGAUGUGAAGUUGUCAGCUGAAGUGGAACCGUUCAUCCCACAGAAGAAAGGUCUAGAGGGAUCCCUGGUCAGCAUGAGUCUUUCCGGAGAGGCAGGUGGUGGAGGAGGAGGGGGUGGAGGCUUAGGAGGAGGUGGUGGAGGGGUGGAGACCACUCCCAUACCAAGCUACCUCAUCACCUGUUACCCUUUCGUUCAGGAGAACCAACCCAAUAGGCAACAUCCUAUGUAUAAUGGAGGGGAGCUGCGCUGGCAGCAGCCAAACCCCAGCCCUGGUGGUCCUUACCUCGCCUACCCCAUCCUGUCUUCCCCCCAGCCCCCGGUGUCUAAUGACUACACUUACUACCAGAUAAUGCCUGCUCCCUGCCCACCUGUGAUGGGUUUCUACCAGCCGUUCCCAGGCACAUAUGCAGGGCCUGUUCAGACUGGGGUGGUCAACCCCGUCUCAGAUGUGGGUGAAAGGCCUCUGCCUUUGGGACCAGCGUAUGGGAUGGCCAGUCAGAGGGGGAGGGGCAUGGUUCGACCCAAUCUUAUCCCAAAGCAGCCACAGUUGGGUGCUUGCCAGCAUCCAAGGGGUCGCCGGCCUCCAACCAGGAAUGUAGCUGUACAGAAGGAGGUGUGCACACUGGGGCCUGACGGUCGAACCAAGACUGUCAUGCUGGUGGAUGCAGCGCAGCAGACUGAUUUCCCUGGUGAGGCGUCAGGCCGGUGUUCUGCUGAGCGGGCCAGCCCUCUGCUGUGGAAAAACCGGACCAAAAGAAGACGGGCAUCGCAGCCUGCUGAAAACUACAAUGAGCAGGGCGCCAGUGAGGCCGACAUAGACAGUGACAGCGGCUACUGCAGCCCCAAACACAACCAGGCAGCUGGGGUCACACAGCGCACAGCAGAGUCUACUGCAACAACCACGGGAGUAGAAGCUGGUGUAAUGACAGGAGGCACCUGGGUAAAUGUAGCCUCUCAGGCUACCCAGAAGUUCUGGGGGGACAGGAAUGGACAGUUCCACAGAGCAGAUCAGAGGAAAAACCCUGAACAGAGGAACUUCUCACAGGACUUCCACAGUAGCUAUCAGGCACGUGCACAGCCCAACCAAUCAGAGCAGAGGCUGCAGCCGACAGUUGUUACUGGCACUGAACUUACCCCGGAGCCUCUGUACUUUGAGGAUGGAGAUGAGUUCCCAGAUCUGUCUGCUGGAGUGGCUGCCCAACGUAGCACCAAACCAGAACCACCUCCAGCCCAGACUCACGCACAACCGAAACUCACAAAAAACCUGCUGGAUAAUCUUCCAGAAAAUUCCCCCAUCAACAUUGUGCAGACACCUAUCCCCAUCACAACCUCUGUACCAAAGAGGGCCAAGAGCCAGAGGAAGAAGGCUCUAGCUGCUGCUUUGGCCACUGCACAGGAGUACUCUGAAAUCAGCAUGGAACAGAAAAAAUUACAGGAGGCAUUCAUCAAAGCUGCAGGAAAGAAGAGUAAGACUCAGGUCCAGCUGGAUCUGGGAGACAUGCUGGCAGCGUUAGCCAAACAACAGCAGGCUAUGAAGGCCAAACAAAUUACCAACACCAAGCCGUUGUCUUUUACAGUUGGAACAACCACCCCAUUUCACGGUUCAGGCUCAAGCAGUGUGCCGUCCAUGUUAAAGGGUCACCAGCAACCGUAUUCUGCUCCACAUAAUCCCCUGGACUCCACAGCACCUCGCAUCAAACGGGGGAAAGAAAGAGAGAUACCCAAAGUGAAACGGCCAACAGCCUUGAAGAAGAUUAUUCUGAAGGAACGUGAAGGGAAAAAAGGGAAGAGGAGUGUAGAACAAGAGUCUUCGGGACAAGAGGAGCAGGGAGACGAGUGUCUGCAAUUUACUGAUGAUCUGUCAAGAGAACCUGUUUCUCAAGAAGAAAAUGGUCUCAGCAUGGCCAGUGAUGCAUCCCUCUCCCCCGCCAGCCAGAACUCCCCCUACAGCAUCACCCCUGUAUCCCAGGGUUCCCCUGCCAGCUCGGGCAUCGGGAGUCCCAUGGCUUCAAAUGCCAUCACCAAAAUCCACAGUCGCCGUUUUAGAGAGUACUGUAACCAAGUGCUGAGCAAGGAGAUCGACGAAAGCGUCACUCUGCUGUUACAGGAGCUAGUUCACUUUCAGGAGCGGGUCUACCAGAAGGAUCCCACCAAGGCCAAGUCCAAACGCCGCCUGGUUAUGGGUCUCCGAGAAGUCACCAAGCACAUGAAACUGCAUAAGAUUAAAUGUGUCAUCAUCUCCCCCAACUGUGAGAAGAUCCAGGCCAAAGGUGGUUUGGAUGAGGCUUUGUAUAAUGUCAUCGCCAUGGCCCGGGAGCAGGAGAUCCCAUUUGUUUUUGCACUGGGCAGAAAGGCACUGGGACGCUGUGUCAACAAAGUAGUGUCUGUUAGCGUGGUGGGCAUCUUCAACUACUCUGGAGCUGAGGGACUGUUUAAUCGUCUGGUUUCUCUGACGGAAGAGGCUCGGAAAGCUUACAAGGACAUGGUGUCGGCUCUGGAACAGGAACAAGCUGAAGAAGCGCUGAAAAACGAUAAGAAAGUCCCUCAUCACAUGGGGCAUUCGCGCAACCCUUCUGCUGCUUCAGCGAUCUCGUUCUGCUCAGUCUAUUCUGAGCCCAUCUCCGAGGUCAAUGAGAAAGAGUAUGAAACCAACUGGCGGAGUAUGGUGGAGACUUCCGAUAACCUGGAGUCUGCAGAGGCAGAGCCAAGCCGUCCUGCGCCUUCCACGUCCACCCAGAAGGAGUCGGAGGCCACGGCGGCAAGUCCCAGCGUCGCGGCACCAGGCUGCGCCGCCCCCCCGCCCAGGCCGAGCCUCCUGACGCCAGCCGCCGACAGGAACGAGGUGCGUGCGGACGACCGGCUGGAGCUGGCGUCUCAGCAGAGCACGGAGACGGGCUCGCUGGACGGGAGCUGCAGGGGCCCCCUGAACUCCUCCAUCACAUCCACCACCUCCACCCUGGUCCCAGGGAUGUUAGAGGAGGCGGAGGAAGAGGAGGAGGAGGAAGAGGACUACACGCCCGAGCCCAUAUCUGUGGAGGUGCCCACGCUCAGCAGCCGCAUCGAGUCGUGGGUGUCAAAGACGCUAGAAAACCUGCAGCUGGGAAAGAGCCAGGACAGCACAGAGGAGGAAGAGGAGGAGGAGGAGGACGAAGAAGAGGAGGAGGACGAAGAGGCCAGAGGGCGGAGUGAGGAGGACGAGGAGGAUCUGGAUUCAGUCGGCCUCACGGAGGGAGCGGACGGCAAAGAGCAGGCGGAGGCCAAGAAGGUCGCCGGGUGAAGUUCGCUCACAGGUUCUAUCUCUGUCGCUCUCACACUUUCGUUUCCAUAGCAACCAGCAGCUUUCCUCCUUUUGUCUCUAACCCCUGACACACGACAUAAUCUCAGGAAUCAACUGACCAACACGCUCACGUUAACGGAACACUGACACACGCCGUCAUAGACCUGACGACAGCUAACCCGGUGGGAGGGGUCUUAUCUUAAACACACAAACACACGCGUGUCGGAGGCGUUCCUUCGACUCUUAAAGGGGUGAACUCACUACGUCUGUGGCCCAGAAACCUGCUACACUUGAAUUCAGAGGAAAGAGUGUGUUUUCUACUCCGAUGCUGAACUCUGUAGGAGUCUACGUGGGAGCAAGUGUUGAGCACGAAAAAAAAAAAAAGACAAAUUUAAUGGGACACUUUCAGCUUUUACACAGAGCUGAGAACGUUUACAGUUCUCCCAAGUAUUUGAGUGCGUGUGUGUGUGUGUGUGCGCGCGCUAGCAUUACAGGCACAUAGUUUGCAUUUGAUUUUUGCCGUGUUUAUUAGCUUUAUCUUUGUACAUAAUGUGUGUUUGUGAGUGCAUGUGAGAGAGUGAGAGAGACAGGUUGAGAUUUUUCCACUUCACUGCCCCACGAAGGAAAGACACAUAUCGUCGCCGUCAGGCAGAAACCUCUUAUGUCCAAAACAGUUAUUUUUCAGACAAGUGGAAAAACAGUGUAUAUUCUACAC